AUGGAUAAGCCGCAAUGGUAUAGCGACAUGCAGUCCGCUGUGGGUAGCCUGUUCGAUGAAUACGUUCGACAGGCUGAAGUUGAAACUCAAGCUCAAGCUGGGCUUUUGGAAGAUGAAGCCAAUGAGAUCGAAGCUGACGUUAACGACUACAGCUCAUUUGGAAAUAGGUCAAUCCGCUCAUUAAAUACGCAACGAAGGAAGGUCAAGGCAGUUAGCGACCUUGACCUAUUUCAGACACGGCCAAUCUACCCCCAAGAUCUCGACGUUGCAAACCCUCUUGAAUGGUGGAACCGGCAUCAAUUGGAAUAUCCAGUCUUGUAUCGAACUAUCGAAUGGCGCUAG